UCAGAGAUCAAAGGUUGAGCCCAGAAUAUGAAGAAGCAUGGUUGGUAGAACAUAAUCCUGAGUUCCUUCUCUUCUGGCACUUAAAAGUUGAACAUCUUGAUUUCUGCCUUAAAUCUUCGUUUGUGAAGGAGGUGGUGUCACAUCCAAAUGGUGUGAGAACUGUGGUGGUAGACUCACCGGGGACUGUACAGUUGAAUUCAGAGUUUUGUCGGUUUUUAAAAGACCUCUUCUCCUAUCUGGUCAGCAUCAAUCAAGAAUACUUUUAACUCAUUUGGAAUGGUUCGUAAUAAGAGGUUCUGAAAAAUGUAUCUGUAUGUAAGGGCAGAUACAAAAGCUUGGUAGUCUUAAAUAGGUCAUAGUCUGUGGACUGAAUUCUUUGGUUUACUUACAGAAUAGCAACGUUAGACAAUUGUGUUCCUUUUAAUGUUUGAAAUUUGUUUAGAAGCACAGCUGUAAUACCGUUUGCAUCUACAUUCAUCCUGCUUACAAGUGGAGUCUUAGCUGUGUUUAGAAACUGUCCAGAAAUCCUGAUGCUGAGGAUGGGGAGACUGCAGUAGGGUUUCUGCUAGCAAUGUUUCGUUUAAAUAGCUCUCCAUGUUGAACAGGGAAAUAACAUUUUGAUACAUGUCAAUUUUGAAAGGACACAGUUAACUUAAUCUCUCACUUCAAAUAAUGAGUUUAAAAUAGUUUCAGGUAAUAGGUUUGUGCCCCCAAGUUUCCAUGCCAAUUUUUAACUUUGCAAUCGCAUUUUCCUAUUCUUUAAAAUGUUUUUCUUUCCUCUUGCUGUGCAAAAGAUCCAUGUGAACAAAAGGGAAAUCUCUGUGUGCAGAGCUGGAAGAGAAACUGACAAUUCGCAAAACGCUGUCAAAUGCACAAACUAACAAACUGUAAAAGAAAAGUUUGUCUUAAGUACCACCAGCCAAGAUUACUAUAAAUGGCUAAAAAAACAAAACACAAAAAGCCAUACAGAUGAGUGGUUUUUUAAAAGUUGACAUAGCUGGCACAAGUUAGUAUAACUUCUGGUGUGAAAAUCUUGUAUUGAGAAAGCGAAAUUUGGUUGACUGAAUUUGCUUUGCUAUGUGUGUUGAGGGCUGUGCCUACAAAUAUAAUGAACUUCUUCAGGUCACUGCAAUGAAUUAUUUUGCUGAAAAAUUGCUGCCUGCUCUAUAAUUUAUUUUCAGAAAUAAUAUUUUAAGGUAUAUUUUUAGAUAUACAAGCAAAAAAACUUACUGCUUACUAAUUUCAUUUUUAAUCAUUAUAUGAGGAUGAACUGCAAAAAAAAGUAGUACCUAUUUAUUAUUUGCUUUUUCUAUCACAUUCACUUCAGUUUUCUUCUCUUUCUGGGGAAAGUAGUUUCUUCCUGGGCAGGGAUUAUGUAUUACUAGUUUUUAGUUCAGAAGGAUUUUCUUUUUAAAUACCAAGCAUAAGUAAGGCAAACAAUCAAUGCAAAUGGGUAUUUAUAGUGGAAAUAUUUGUGCAUCUGUAACUAAAAUCUUACCAACAGCAGCUCGCUAAUAAAGUUAAUAUUUGUUGUACAAAUUUAAAUAAAAUAACACUAAACAUCUUCAAAGGCUCUAAGUUCAUAUAGUGGUUUUCUCCUGUUGCUUGGUAAGUUUUUUGUCUGAUUUCAGGAUUUAUUCAUUUCAGGAGGAAAAUGAAAGUUUUCUCUGAGUCCCAUAAAACUGUUUUUGUUGUGGAUCAUUGUCCGUAUAUGGCAGAAUCAUGUAGACAACAUGUUGAGUUUGACAUGUUGGUAAAGAAUCGGACCCAAGGAAUCAUACCUCUGGCACCCAUAUCAAAAUCACUGUGGACCUGUUCGGUGGAAUCAUCUAUGGAAUAUUGUAGAAUAAUGUAUGAUAUUUUUCCUUUCAAAAAACUGGUGAAUUUCAUUGUAAGCGAUUCUGGGGCUCAUAUCUUAAAUUCCUGGACCCAAGAAGACCAAAACUUGCAGGAGUUAAUGGCAGCUCUAGCAGCUGUCGGACCACCUAAUCCUCGUGCGGACCCAGAAUGCUGCAGCAUACUGCAUGGUUUAGUUGCAGCAGUAGAAACACUCUGCAAAAUCACAGAAUACCAGCAUGAGGCCCGAACCAUGCUAAUGGAAAAUGCAGAACGUGUUGGAAACAGAGGAAGAAUAAUCUGCAUUACGAAUGCCAAAAGUGACAGCCAUGUUCGAAUGCUUGAAGACUGUGUCCAAGAAACUAUUCAUGAGCAUAACAAGCUUGCAGCUAAUUCAGAUCACCUCAUGCAGAUCCAGAAGUGUGAAUUGGUCUUAAUCCACACCUAUCCAGUUGGUGAAGAUAGCCUUGUUUCAGAUCGCCUUAAAAAAGAGCUUUCUCCAGUCUUAACCAGUGAAGUGCAUAGUGUCCGUGCUGGACGGCAUCUGGCUACAAAACUGAACGUUCUAGUACAGCAGCACUUCGAUCUGGCUUCAACCACAAUAACAAAUAUCCCUAUGAAGGAAGAACAACAUGCUAACACAUCUGCCAAUUAUGAUGUGGAGCUUCUUCAUCACAAAGAUGCACAUGUAGACUUUCUAAAAAGUGGUGAUAAUCAUAUAGGUGGCAAUAGCAGAGAGGGUACAUUUAAAGAAACUGUAACAUUAAAAUGGUGCACACCACGAACAAACAGUGUUGAAUUGCAUUAUUGCACUGGAGCAUACAGAAUCUCACCUGUAGAUGUAAAUAGCCGACCUUCCUCUUGUCUUACAAACUUUCUUCUCAAUGGUCGUUCUGUUUUGUUGGAACAACCACGCAAGUCUGGUUCUAAAGUAAUUAGCCACAUGCUUAGUAGCCACGGAGGAGAGAUUUUCCUGCAUGUAUUGAGCAGUUCUCGAUCAAUUCUAGAAGAUCCCCCUUCAAUUAGUGAAGGAUGUGGUGGAAGAGUCACAGACUACAGGAUUACAGAUUUUGGUGAAUUUAUGAGGGAAAACAGAUUAACUCCUUUUCUAGACCCCAGAUAUAAGAUCGAUGGAAGUCUUGAGAUUCCUUUGGAACGAGCAAAAGAUCAGUUAGAGAAACAUACUCGUUACUGGCCUAUGAUUAUUUCGCAAACCACCAUCUUCAACAUGCAAGCUGUAGUGCCGUUAGCCAGUGUUAUUGUGAAAGAAACUCUCACAGAUGAGGAUGUGCUGAAUUGUCAGAAAACAAUAUACAACUUAGUAGAUAUGGAGAGGAAAAAUGAUCCACUGCCAAUUUCAACAGUUGGUACCAGGGGAAAGGGUCCAAAAAGAGACGAACAAUACCGGAUUAUGUGGAAUGAAUUGGAGACCCUUGUUAGAGCGCAUAUAAAUAACUCUGAUAAACACCAGCGAGUCUUGGAGUGUCUCCUGGCUUGCAGAAGCAAACCUCCUGAAGAAGAAGAGCGCAAGAAACGAGGGAGGAAGAGAGAAGAAAAAGAAGACAAGUCAGAGAAAUCAGGAAAAGAUUAUGAACUGGAAAAACCCUGGCAGGAAUCAGAGAGAUUAAAAGGUGUAUUGGAUCGCGAAAAAGACGAACUGGCAGAAGCUGAAGUUAUAAAAGAUUCUCCUGAUUCUCCCGAACCACCCAACAAAAAGCCUCUUAUUACAAUAGAUGAAAUACCUCCAGUGGAAAAAACAAAAGGGCCAAUGUCCUUGCUGUCUUUGUGGAGCAAUAGGAUUAAUACAGCCAAUUCUAGGAAACACCAAGAAUUCAUUGGUCGUCUGAACUCUGUCAACAAUAAAGCUGAGCUGUAUCAACAUCUUAAAGAGGAAAAUGGAAUGGAAACAACAGAAAAUGGAAAAGCCAGCCGGCAGUGAAUGUUGGUUUUUAAGAACUAUGCUUGGCAUAUUUCAUGAAUAUUUUAUGCUGGAUUUGAUAUUGGUACCAUUUCAGUAAGAUUGUAUAGAUCUGUUGCUUUAAUUGGUUUUACAUUUUUCUGAUUUUAUUCUUCUUCUAUUAAAUGUAAAAUUUGCAUAUUACAUUCAGUGAAAUGUGUGCAAAUGGGAUUUGUCUUGAAGUAUCUUAUAAUCAUAUUUUAGGAUGAAAGGAUGUUUCUCCUGCAACACACACAAGCAAACCUGUGAAAUGAUACAAUCAGAUUUUUAGGUCUAUUGUUUGAUAUUGAAAAGCACAGUAUUCAUGUAUUUUAAAAAACUUAUUUGAGCUUUUUUCUGUUGUAUUGAUACAUUUUAGAUCUAUAUGAAACUCCUCAAGAGGCCCCACACUAGGAGAAGAGAAAUAUAAAAAUAUCUAUUAAGUACAGACUCUUAAUCUGGAGUUCCUCAUUGAGAGUGUAUAGUUCCAGAUCAACAGCUGGGCAGUGGGAUGAGAAAUGGUUUAAAACCUUCACUUGAGUAUAAAUGAUUGGGGUGAGGGCAUGAACUUCUUAAACAAGAUUAAUUAUUAAUUUCAUCAAGAGAAUUACUCAGUUUGAAAGCAAAGCUUUUCUAGUUGCUGUUUAUGCCAUAAUUAACAAAAAAAAACAAAUCCUCGCCUUUAACUGUUAACUGGCUGUUACCUUCAACUUGCCAUCCACAGGAGUGUACAGAAAGAGGCUGUGAAGUGUAAAAUAAAACCCACUUCAGAGAGCAGGGCCCAAUCGAUUAUUGUUUCUUUGGCCAUGCAGCAGAGUUACUCCAACCUUUGCUGAAUUAACUUCCUUUUGCUUGAUGGCAGCUGGUAGAAACAACUGACUUGGGUAUAGUACAGUGCAAGAGGCUGUACCAUACUCUUACUUUAGGAAGAAGGGUAGCUGGCACAUAGGCUUUUCUUCUAAAUAAGUCAGUAUGUCACAUAGCCAAGUUUCAUUAAUUGAGAAAAGUAUGAAGGCCACAGAUGAUGAUGAUGAUGAUGGUGAUGGCUGGAUCAGAACACAAAUAUCAUGUGAGUACUCCUUACUUACAUUUGUAACUGCUGACCAUUUAGCGGCAUAGAAAUAAAAUAUAGAGCUUCAAGGUGAUUACAUAGCAAGUAUAAUGUAAUAUAAUUACUAAGUAAAUACAUAGUUUAUUUCUUUCUUGAUAUAUGAUGAUUACUUUUAGAGUCACCUGGUGUAAUUAUUUAAGUAAUUCAUAGGAUCAGUUAAUAAAGAGUACUUGCAUAAUA